UCAAUUCAUAAUAAUCAAAAUGAAGAGAUUAUAAUUGAACAGAUUAAAUCUUUAAUCUACUCCAUUCAUCGUCAUCCUUCUCGUCCCUCUCAUCAUCAUCACCAUCAUCCACCUCCUCCUCCUCCUCAUCAUGAUCAUCUUCAACAACAACAACAACAACAAGAACAACGGCAACGACGACAACAACAACAUGAUAUUUCCAAAUAUUACAAACCAUCACCGAUCACAUCAAGUCGGUUAACUAGUAACCGAUCCAUUACCAGUUUCGAUAUAAGCCAAAUUGAAACUGGUCUAGAACAGAAGUCAACUGAUACAAAUGAAUUAUGGAGUAGUAGUAGUAGUAGUAUUAGUAACCAUAGUGGUAGUUCAAACUGGAAUAAUAAUAAUAAUAAUUACAUAGUUCAUAAUAAAAAUAAUAAUCAUAGUAAUUUGUUACUACUAAUUAGUAGUAUAAAAAGACAUAAUAUCGAUUCAUUUGAAUGGGGAUGUAUGCGAUGUUUCAUUCUGUUAAAUUCAA